AUGAGUCAUACUGUUGUAUGUGCAAAAGCGGUCGAAAAGUCCGUUGAUACGGCCGCGGGUAAGUUGGUUAUCUUGGAUGGCAUUGAUCUGGAAAUCAAACAGGGUGAAACUGUGGCUAUCGUCGGCGCAUCCGGAUCAGGCAAAACAACAUUGUUAGGUAUCCUUGCCGGGCUCGAUUCUGCAACCGGCGGUAGCGUACAACUUGUAGAUGCUGAACUAACCAGCCUGGAUGAAGAAGCCCGCGCCCUGGUCAGAGGUCAGCAUGUCGGGUUUGUCUUUCAAUCUUUUCAAUUACUCGGCAGCUUAACCGCCCUCGAAAAUGUGAUGUUACCCGCUGAGUUGCGUGGUGAAACUCUGGCAGAAAAUCAGGCUGUUGAUCUGUUAAAGAAGGUCGGCCUGGAAGAUCGUGUUACCCAUUAUCCGCGUCAGUUAUCCGGCGGGGAGCAGCAGCGGGUUGCUAUUGCCCGUGCGUUUGCGUCCCAGCCGACGGUACUUUUCGCGGAUGAGCCAACGGGUAACCUCGACACUCACACCGGCGAGCUGAUCAUUCAAUUACUGUUUGAUCUGAAUAAAGAAUUUGGCACGACUCUGAUCAUGGUGACGCACGAUGAACGCCUGGCGGAACGCUGUGGCCGCACCAUUGCGAUCGAAGCAGGAAGUGAAAUGGGGCUUCUUCUGGUGGCGCUGGUGGUGGCCGUCGGGACGGUCACGUCGAUCAGUUUGUUUGUCGAUCGUCUACACCACGCGCUGGUGGAGGAAUCAUCCAAUUUUCUGGCAGCAGAUAGACAGAUCUCCAGUUCGCGUCCGAUUCCAGAAACGUUUCGGAUCGAAGCCGCUGCACGUGACCUGGAGAUGGCUGAAACCAUGGUGUUUCCCUCCAUGGUUUUUGCCGGAGAUACAAACCAGCUGGUCAGCGUGAAAGCAGUUGCCGGUACCUAUCCAUUGCGCGGCAAAUUGAUUAUCUCCGACGAACCGUUUGUGCGCGGCUAUCCCAUCCAGGAGAUCCCGCCGGUUGGCGAGGUAUGGCUGGAUUCCAGGCUUUUUCCUGCGCUCGGCGUCACGCUUGGCGAUAGCAUCGAAGUCGGGCUUGCUGAAUUGCGUAUUGGUCGGGUCUUAGUGGCAGAGCCGGAUCGCGGUGGUUCGUUUUUCGAUCUGGGUCCCCGUUUGUUGAUGAAUAUUGACGAUGUGCCCGCCACUGAAGUGGUGCAACCCGGCAGCCGGAUCUCCUACCGGCUGCUGCUGCGAGGGGACGAGGGUGAUCUGGAGAGUUUGCGUAACAAUCUUGAGCUGGAACCCAACUAUCGUUGGGUCAGUAUCCGUGAAAGCAGCCCGCGGAUUGGCUCUGCACUGGAUCGAGCGGAAAGUUUUCUGUUGCUGGGUGGCCUGCUGGGGGUGCUGCUGGCGGGUAUUGCUGUGGCUUUAAGUGCCCAUCGCUAUGCGGCUCGACACUAUGAUCACGUUGGCGUGCUGAAGACACUUGGCGCAACCCCGUCGCAGAUUCUGUAUGGGUUCCUCAGCAUCCUGCUGCUGAUCGGCUCAAUUGCCAUCGUCAUUGGCCUCGCGGCGGGUGGCCUGUUGCACCUGUUGAUUGUGCAGAUUCUGUCAACGCUCAUAACCAUUGAGUUACCACCACCAGGGCUGCGUCCGUUUGCUCUGGGCACAGCUACCGGUCUCAUCUGCGCCGUUUCAUUUGCCAUGCCGGCAUUUAUACAUUUGAAAGAUGUAUCGCCGAUGCGGGUGAUCAGGCGUGAUCUGGGUGUGGCACCCGCCAGCCGGUGGCUGUCUUACGGAGCAGCGAUUGCGGGCAGUGUUUUUCUGCUGGUCUGGUACAGCGGCAGCUGGUUUCUGACCUUCUGGACAAUCAUUGGCGCCACUGGCGUAAUUAUUGUUUUUGGAACGCUCUCAUAUAUGCUGCUGAGAAGCGGAAGAGUCGUGGGUAUGCAGGCGCGCAGCGGAUGGCGUCUUGCGUUGAGCGGUCUGCAACGUCGCAGUCAGGCCAAUACCGCGCAGAUUCUGAUUUUUGGUCUCGCCAUAAUGUUGUUACUGGUGCUUGUGCUGUUGCGCACUGCGCUGGUAACUGAGUGGCGCUCCCAGGUGCCGGAUGAAGCUGCAAAUCACUUUGUCAUGAACAUCGCCUCCAACGAAGUGGAAGCGGUGCAGACACUCAUCGACGACAAAGCUACCGCGGGAGACUUCCUCUAUCCAAUGAUUCGCGGGCGUGUAGUUGGGGUGAAUGGCGAAGAGGCAAAAGAGUAUCAGGCCAGAGUUGCACCGCGAGGAGAGGAUGGCGGUCCACGCCUGAUGUCCGAACGCAACUUAACCUGGAUCGCUGAACAACCUCAGAGCAACGAAGUAGUGGCGGGGCAAUGGUGGUCAGAACAGACUGACAAAGCUGAAGUAUCACUUGAACAGGAUUAUGCCGACGAUUUUAAGCUGUCCAUCGGUGACGUGCUUACCUUCGACAUUGGCGGGCAGAACUUCGAUGCAGAAGUGACCAGCAUACGGACCCUUGAAUGGGAGAGUAUGAGCCCUAAUUUUUUCAUCAUUCUGUCGCCCCCCGCGCUGCGCGAUUACCCGUCGACGUACAUGACCAGUUUCUACCUGGAACGCAGUGAGAAAGUGUUUCUCAACGAACUGCUCAGCAAUCACCCCACGAUUACGGUGAUCGAAAUAGAUGCUCUCAUAGAACAGAUCACCAAUAUUGUUGAUCGGGUUACUCAGGCGGUGGAACUGGUGCUGGCCCUGGUGCUGGGCAGUGGCUGUCUUGUGCUGGUCGCCAGCAUUCAGGCCAGUCGUGAUGCGCGCAUGGCGGAACAUGCUUUGGUGCGUACCCUGGGUGGCACCCGCAAACUGAUAUUUGCUUCGCUGGCAUUUGAGUUUGCGGUGCUUGGUGCAUUUGCAGGCAUUGUGGCGGUGGUCGGCGCAGAACUGACUGUUGCGGUUCUGCAAAGCCAGGUGUUUGAACUUGAUAUGCAGUUGCAUCCCUGGAUAUGGCCGGUCGGCCCCGUGGUCGGCGCGCUGAUUAUUACGGUAGUUGGCCUUUUAGGCAGUCGUUCUCUGGUGAACUCACCCCCCAUGCUGGUACUGCGCGGAUUGAACUGA